AGAGCAAUCCAACAAUGCCCCCAAUUUUGUUCCCAUGCAGAAGAAGAAGACGAAGAAGUAGAAGAAGAGAGAAGUUGCAGCUUCAAAUCCAACGUGUGGUCUUUGUGCAUGGAAUUCAUUCACAUUUCACAAACCCCUUUUCCUAAUUUCUCAAUUUAUUCCAUUUCUUCCUCUAUAAAACCCACUUCCCCUAUUCCUCUUUCCUAAUAUCCACAAAUCUGAUUCAAUCGAUUACAAUGGAGAUUGAAGCUGUGAACUCUAAAGUGGACACAGCUUCAACUAUCACCAUCAAAGGCAUUCUCAGUCUCCUUGUUCAGAAUGCUGAUGAGAACAAUGGCAGAAGGUUGAUUUCCCUUGGUAUGGGUGACCCUUCUGCUUAUUCUUGUUUUCAUACAACCCGUAUAGCUCAAGAUGCCGUUGUUGAUUCUCUUGAAUCUGAGAAAUUUAAUGGCUAUGCUCCCACUGCUGGUCUCCCCCAAACUAGAAGGGCGAUUGCUGAAUAUUUAUCUCGAGAUCUUCCGUAUAAGUUGACAUCUGACGAUGUUUUUAUUACGUCUGGAUGCACACAAGCGAUUGAUGUUGCUUUGGCAAUGCUUGCUCGUCCUGGUGCAAAUAUACUGCUUCCAAGGCCUGGUUUCCCAAUCUAUGAACUUUGUUCUGCAUUUCGGAAUCUUGAAGUCCGGCACUUUAAUCUACUCCCUCAGCAAGGUUGGGAGGUUGAUCUUGAUGCCAUUGAGACCCUUGCCGAUAAGAACACCGUUGCAUUGGUUAUUAUCAACCCAGGGAAUCCAUGUGGAAAUGUGUACAGCUAUCAGCAUCUCAAGAAGAUUGCUGAAACUGCAGAAAAACUCGGAAUUCUUGUAAUUGCUGAUGAGGUUUACGGGCAUCUUGCUUUUGGAAGUCGACCUUUCGUACCCAUGGGAGUCUUUGGAUCAACUGUUCCUGUUCUCACCCUUGGAUCUCUUUCAAAGAGAUGGAUAGUACCAGGAUGGCGACUUGGGUGGUUUGUGACUAGCGACCCUUCUGGCACGUUCAGAAAACCCAAGGUUAUUGAGCGAAUCAAGAAGUAUUUUGAUAUAUUAGGGGGCCCUGCAACAUUCAUCCAGGCUGCAGUCCCUCACAUACUCGAGUCAACUGAUGAGGUUUUCUUCAAGAAAACAAUUAACAUUUUGAAGCAAACCUCCGAAAUAUGUUGCAGAAAGAUCAAGGAAAUCCCUUGCAUUACAUGCACACACAGACCAGAAGGGUCAAUGGCUAUGAUGGUAAGAUUGAACAUUGAUCUUCUUGAAGAUAUCAGUGAUGAUAUUGAUUUUUGCUUCAAGCUUGCCAAAGAAGAAUCACUCGUCAUUCUUCCAGGAACGGCGGUAGGGCUGAAGAACUGGCUCCGGAUUACUUUUGCGGUCGAUCCGUCCUUUCUCGAAGAAGCACUUGGGAGGCUUAAAUCCUUUUGUCAAAGGCAUACACUAAUAUUGUAAAGAAGAGUUGAGGUGGUAGUGAUGCAAAUGAAACAAUAGGAUGAGUCUCAUAAGUUAACUGAUAACGAAUUGUUGUUGUCAGAGAAACUUCAUUUAAAUAUAAAUGGAAAUCUUAGCAACUCCUUCCAUGUAUUGAUAUAGCAAUUAAUUUAUAGGUACUGUGAUUCAAAACUGACAUUCUUCCUUGUUUUCUGAAAUAAUUGCGACACAAGAAAUAUAUGUAAUGAUAUCGGUUACAGUA